CGCUGCUUCGUCUGCGGUGAGAGUGGGGCUGCCAUCACCUGCCGGGAGAUGGGCUGCAACCGCAGCUUCCAUCUCCCCUGUUCCGUGGAGGGUGGAUGUGUCACCCAGUUCUUUGGGCUGUACAGGUCCUUCUGCUGGGAGCACUGCCCAGAGCAGGCAGUGCAGGCGACUCCGGAGGAGAACACCACCUGCCUCAUCUGCCUGGACCUUGUUGGGGACAGACCGUCCUACGGCACCAUGGUGUGCCCAGCGUGCAAACACGCCUGGUUCCACAGGUGCUGCAUCCAGAGUCAGGCUCUCCAUGUUGGCUUCUCCGGCUUCUGCUGCCCUCAUUGUAAAAAUGAGUAUCGAUUUCUGAUGGAAAUGCUCACCAUGGGCAUCCGAAUCCCCUCCAGGUUCGUGUCCUUCCGUCUGGCUCAUAAGACAGGAGGGUACAAGCACCGUGCUGUGCCCAGGGCUGCCCCAGCAGUCCUGGCCCUCAGCUGUCCCAUGAGUCUGUCCUUCAGCUUCAUGGAGGAGUUGGAAACAGGGCCGGCGGGAAAAGCAGGCGCGCCCUGCAUCUGCCUUAUGCCGGGCCAGCAGAGGCCCACCAAUUUUCUGUUUUUUUGCCAAAAGAGGCCCAUCAUGGGAGGAAAACGGUGCCUACGAACAAUUAUAUGA